AUGUCUGAUCGCUCCCGGUCGGCGGCUGAGCAGGAGUCAUCCUUGCCGCAGAAUGCGGACCGGGCUUUGAAUAGCAGGAGUGAGCCUGUUCCUGAACCGGUUUAUCCCCAAUGGCACUAUGUCGCCGUCGUGGCAGCCGGAUUCAUCGUGAUGAUCACGACCUGCGCUUUCGUGUUCUCCUUUGGAGUCUACCAAUCCCUCUAUGAAGAGAUGGCCCGCGAACCGAACACUCCUUUUACCGGAAGCACAACUGCGCUCAUCGACCUGAUCGGCACACUGGCCAUUGCGUUAAUGUCGAUGGCCGGCCCUUUCGCCAUGUCCUGGGCGAAGCUCUUCUCCCCACAAGCCGUGAUCAUCGCCGGCGGCUGGGUAUUCGGCAUCGCCUACAUCCUCGCCAGUUUCAGCAAGGCUCUAUGGCACUUUGCUCUGACACAAGGCUUACUCCUGGGCAUUGGCACCUGCAUGGCCUACGUUCCCACCAUGGCAGUCGCCCCAACCUGGUUCAGCAAACGUCGCGGCCUCGCCAUGGGAAUCAUCAUCUCGGGGACCGGAGUGGGGGGCAUGAUCUGGCCGCCUGCACUGCGGGCCAUGAUCUCCCAUGUGGGCUUCCGCAACGCCCUGCGCAUCUCAGGCUGCAUCUCACUGACGACCGUUACCGCCGCCGGCAGCAUCCUGCGCUGGGAGCCCAAAUUCCACGAACAAGUCAAACUGCAAACAGCCGGAUCAUCCAGCAGCCGCUCCCACCCUCGUCCCAAAUGGGUCCGACUCUUCUCCGUCCCGCUCGUUAACUGGCGUGUAGCCCGCUCCAAACGCUUCACGGCCCAAGCCCUCGGCUGUUUCCUUCAAUCCGCCGGCUACUCCACGCCGCUCUUCUUCUACGCCGCAUACGCCCAAGCCCUGGGCUACAGCGCCACGACAGCAGCUAACUUCAUCACGCUAAGCAACGCAUCGAACUUUGUCUCCCGCAUCGUCAUCGGCUACGCAGCCGACAAGCUCGGCAGAAUCAAUGCCCUCGCGGCCACGACGCUUCUCAGCGCCGUCGCCGUCUUCGCCUUCUGGCUGCCCUCAUCCCUGGUCUCGAGCGCCGCAGCACAUGGACUCUUCAUCGUCUUCACGAUCCUGUAUGGCGCCUUUGCUAGCGCGUAUAUCUCUCUCUUCCCCGCAUCGCUGGUGGAGCUCUUCGGCGUACAGCAUUUCACUAGCGUCAAUGGGGCGCUGUAUCUGGUGCGGGGAGUCGGGGCGUUGCUUGGCACGCCGCUGACGGGGCUGUUGAUUCCACGAGGCUCCGCCCUGACGGAGUCGGGGAUAUAUGAGCGGGCUGCUAUUACAGUGGGAGUGUUGUUGUUCGCUGCGACGGUGGCAUGUUUCUGGGUGCGAGCUGAAGUACAUGGGAAAUGGCGGGUGUAG